AUGCCGCUGUCUCGCGCCCAAAAACCAGCUUCUGUCCCUGACGAGGAGACCAUUGAACACUUGCUCGGUCGGCGGAACAACUUCGACAGGCGCACCAAAUCCAUCAAGACGAUUAAAGAGCUGAGUGAGAAAGAGAGGAAUCAGGUACACCUUGUCACUUUGGGCAAGCGGCAGACACGUAUCGAAGGAGAUCCAUUCGGCAUCUAUCCGGCCUGGGCUGGAAAUGUUGGCCAUCCUCGAGAUGAUCGAAUGUUUGAUGUACUUUCUACUAUAUUCGACCAACUUGACAACCACCAGGUACGGCAGACCGACGAGGUCCGCAAGUUGUCGGCACUAUUUGAAGCAGUGAGGAGAGAGUGUUGCGAGGCUCUAGUCCUACAUUUCGCCGACAACGCGAAGGUUACGAGUCUGAGUGAAGACGAGAAUGAAUUGACAUUCACCUUUAAGACUGGAGGCUUGUGCGUACGGGUGAUGCAGGCUAAAGACCUCGAACAAGAUGAGCAAGGCUCGUACCUGGCAUCUCUGGAAAAGUCGAAGCGAUGCAUACAGGCCAGAGAGCACCUGGAUGGGCUAUUCAACGACGUCUCUUUGAAUGUUCUUACGCAACAAUAUGUCAUGGCCCAGGUUUUACUCGAGGAUGGCAGACAGUGGCCGUCUGUCUCCAAAGACCAGACUGAGUUUCUGACACGGCUGAGAGCCGAUGCAGACGGGAGGUACUGGAUCGAAAUGUCAGAAGAUGAAAGGAAGCGCACAAAUGCCGCCUCAGCCACUCCACACAGCAGUCUGGCUCUUCUCAUGACCAGACUCCAACAGAACUGGCCGCGAUCGUGGAAUCUGGGUUACCACGAUCCUGACAUGUUUCGCCGGUACGCGCGGGAUCAAGUCGCAAUCGAACAGGUCUGGAAGCUCGUGGAAGAGGACGUCCUCAUUGUUCUGGACCGCAGCAAGAAACUGGUCUUCUCCAACUUCGUGGGAUUAUCGCAGGUUCUGUUCAAUCAGGAAGUCGUCGAUCUUCUGGCACGUGGGCUAGACAUGUGGUCUUUCUAUACACCUCUUCCGGCACCGGAGUCAAAGAGACAUUCGGUUGACCACUAUAUUCGCAAAAUCCAUCCUGAGUUGGACAUGGAGAAAGCCGCUGUCACAGGCCUUCCCAAUGCUAAGAAGGCAGUCGUGCACUAUGGUACCUACGCGAUGGCUGGCCACACGGAUGGGCGGCGAAUCUGCUUAACCCAGGAUUCCAAGUUUUCCCGAUCCUCAGACCAGGAGAAUAAUGAGGCAUUGUUCCCGCAGCUCUAUUCUUCCCUCUUUGGGAAAGCUGCCAACAUCAUCCGUUUUAUGAUGGAAAAGCUAGACCCGGAGCAUUACCAAGAAUGUCGUGACAUCUUCCGAAAGCUCCCCAAAUCCGUGAAGGUUUCGACGGGCGACCGGGACUUCCUGAGUCUCUUUGCUGUUGGGUUCAACCCAUACACACAGAGACAUCGAGACACGAAUGACAUGAGGGGUGGACUCGCUAGCUUGUUAACAUUGGGCGAUUACAAAGGCGGGGACCUCUGCCUCCCUCAACUCGGUCUGAAAGUCAGGUACACACCUGGGACAUGUGCACUCAUGCGUGGGGACAGCCUCGAGCACCUCACCAGCGAUUUUACUGGAUUCCGUGCCUUCAUAGUCGGCGCGAACCACGAGACCACCAGACUUCACGUCCGCCUUCGUGAGCAGGGUGCAGCUGGCCUCCAUCCUCCGCUGUCGACGGAGCGGCCUCGCGCAGGUGGCGGUAACGACGCUUCCGAGGAUUCUGAUUCUGAAUCCGAAGGAGGUUCAGAAAUUUUCACUACUACAUGUGUCAACGAUAUGAAUGACGAGGACGACGAGGAUGUGACCUACACCAACAAGGAGCUGCACGGUGCUGGUGCGCUGGACAGCGAGUCAUCAUCGGGAGGCUGA